GGGCAGGGGCGUGGCAUCGCGGUGAGCCUAAGCGGUCGACUUUAAGGCUUGACUGCCCCUGGUCUCCUUUGGACCUCUAGAACUUGCAAAAAGCGAGUGUUCUUCGCCGCGGGCCCAAGUUGCCACUAUGGCCCUGCUCAGAGGUGUGUUUGUUGUUGCUGCUAAGCGAACACCCUUUGGAGCUUUUGGAGGUCUUCUGAAAGAAUACAGUGCUAUUGAUUUGAAUGAGUUUGCUGCCAGGGCUGCUCUGUUUGCUGGCAAAGUCCCUCCUGAAAUCAUCGACAGUGUCAUUGUAGGCAAUGUCAUUCAGAGUUCCUCAGAUGCUAUAUACAUUGCAAGGCAUGUUGGUUUACGCGUGGGAGUCCCAAAAGAAACCCCAGCAAUCACUGUUAAUAGGCUGUGUGGCUCCGGUUUCCAGUCCAUUGUGAAUGGAUGUCAGGAAAUCUGUGUUAAAGAUGCUGAAGUCGUCUUGUGUGGAGGAACUGAAAGCAUGAGCCAGGCUCCCUUCUGUGUCAGAAACAUACGUUUUGGAACCAGAUUUGGGUUUGAUCUCAAGCUGGAAGAUUCUUUGUGGGAAGGAUUAACAGAUUCACAUGUUAAACUCGCCAUGGCACUUACUGCAGAGAAUCUUGCUGUGCAACAUAAAAUAAGCAGAGAAGAUUGUGACAGAUAUGCCUUGCAGUCACAGCAGAGAUGGAAAGCUGCUAAUGAUGCUGGCUACUUUAAUGAUGAAAUGGUACCAAUUGAAGUGAAGACGAGGAAAGGAAAACAAACAAUGCAAGUGGAUGAGCACCCUCGGCCCCAAACAACCCUGGAGCAGUUACAGAAACUUUCUCCAGUGUUCAAGAAAGAAGGAACGGUCACUGCGGGGAAUGCAUCGGGUAUAUCUGAUGGUGCUGGAGCUGUUAUCAUAGCUAGUGAAGAUGCUGUUAAAAAACAUAACUUCACACCACUGGCAAGAAUUGUGGGCUACUUUGUAUCUGGAUGUGAUCCGUCUAUCAUGGGCAUUGGUCCUGUUCCUGCCAUCAGUGGGGCAUUGAAGAAAACAGGACUGAGUCUCAAAGACAUGGAUUUGGUAGAGGUGAAUGAAGCUUUUGCUCCCCAGUACUUGGCUGUGGAGAAGAGUUUGAAUCUUGAUCCAAGCAAAACCAAUGUGAAUGGAGGAGCCAUUGCUUUGGGUCACCCAUUGGGAGGAUCUGGAACAAGAAUUACCACACACUUGGUUCAUGAAUUAAGGCGUCGAGGUGGAAAAUAUGCUGUUGGUUCAGCUUGCAUUGGAGGUGGCCAAGGCAUCGCAGUCAUCAUUCAGAAUGUGGCCUGAGAGAACCAGGAGCUGCCUCAUGCGCACCUCCUACUUCGUGUGGUAAAACAGGUGACCUUCAGUGCAGCUGCCACACUGCCCUGCCUGCCGCUGAAACAGCAACUGAGUUUGAGCCAGACUCGGUGAGGAAAAAAUGCAUUUAUCAGGAGUAAGUAAAAGCCUGUGCCAGAGGAGGGUCUCUCAAACUGACACAGUCUAACAUGGUGCAUUUCUGAACGGAAAUCCAACUGUAGAAGACCUUACAAGAAACGGUAUCCUGUCAAAUAAGCACCUCUUAUGCCUUACAUGAUAUGAUUACAAGGAAGGUAAAUAAAGAUUGCCUUAAUUUUGGCUAA